AUGCCAAUGGCACUCCUGCCGCUGUGGCACAGAGGAGAGCUGCCUCCACCAUUUAAGCAUCCUCUUGUUUCUAAGAAUGAAGACUUAGGCACUCUGCCAAAAAAGGUUCUAACUCUGAAGAAGAGCAGGGCCUUGGAGAAUGAUACAAAGGCCUUGGAGGGUAAAACAGGGAAUGCAGUAGCCUACACCAUCACUCAGCUUGACCCAUCUUUCUCCCCAGCCCCCCCUCUCAUUGUCACUUCUACCAGCAACCCCAAUCUUCCCUGGGCUACAAUGGCAGCUCUGCUCACAGCCCCAGGUCCAGAGCCCCAGGCAGCACAGGCAGCUGGUAAACGGAAGAGUCUCUACUGGCCCAACUACAUCAAGCUCUCCCUACCCAACCACAAUUGGAACCAUCUUUUUGGCUCAGAAAACACUCUUCUGCCCACAUCUGAGAACCCUCGUGAGGAACUAAGGAGAGCCUGUCUUUGCAACACCUUUCUGCUCAUUACAUUUCCUGUCAUGGAUUCCCUGUCACAUUCACUGGCCUCCUUCCUAGGAGGCAGAACCUCUGUACCAUCAUCCUCCAAGCCUGCCAUCACUGAUGCUCUGGAUAUGACCCCUCUUUCCACCACUGUCAUCUUCCAGUCUCCUUCUAUCUCCCAAAACAAAUCUGACCCAUCCUCUGGGGUGCUUCCUGGUUCUGUAAACCUUCCAUCCAGUGGCAGCAUUGCUUCAGUGCCAGUCUCUACCAGUUGGCAUGCACAGCAGGUGCAGGGACCAAAAGCAACUCUCCAGCAUCCCAGUGGCUCAGGAGCUACCCAACAACCCACAUUUAGGGACCCUGGUAGGCAGUAAUAGCACAACUCAUUCUCUUUGGGCAACCGAGGAAGCCUAGCCCAGGGCUUAAGUUCUCCUCAACUUAUGAGUGGUAGCACAGAGAAGCUAGAACUUGUGGGUAUCACAUCACCCUGUACCAGACAGACUAGGCACACCACUCAACAGCUAGCCAAUCUUUCCCAAGAAAGCAAAUGUGUACAGAGGGGCCCAGUCCUGAGGUCUGGCUUUGGACUUGCCAACAAAAGGACCAGCUCCAGAGAUAGCAGUUCCCUGUUUGCCAGCAACACUCCUGGCCCUGCAAUGCUCUUGGGACUUGUGACUCCUAGGAGUGGAGGGAACAUUGGUUUUGGCAUGUCCACCCCUGGCUCCAGGUCCAAGUCCAGAACACAGCCUCAUCUGAACUGAAUCUGAGCCACUUGAGUGUGAAGCAGAGGAGAACUCUGUGGUCACUCAGCUUGACUCUACUCCAAAGUUGGAUGGUUAGCCUGGCUGAUCAAGCUCUGGGCCAUUUUCCUUGGCCUUGGGCCUUGCUAGAGGGUUCUUUGCUAGUUACAGGGGCUCCCUUUCCCCUAACCCUUUGACUCAAUAGCCUUUCUCUUUCCCCAGUGAUACUCAUAAAAUUCUGUUGCUUCUAGUUCACCUGUCUGUUUUCCUAUGUAUUCCUUGCUAUUAAAUUAGGUGCUGGGAGAAGAAGAGGCAUGUGUGCAUAGGGAUUGGUACAGCCUGAAUUUAUUCAAGUUUUCUGGUCCCAGGUAAAAGGAUCCAAAGAAAGUGGGGUGAACCAUCCACCUUUAGGACAGCCUGCAGGAAGAUAAUAGAAGGGACAUCAACUAACUCACACAGAGCCUCUAUACUUGAGUGGUAUGAUUUUCACUGAACACACUACUGUGCCUGACUUUUUAAAAUAUAUCUGAACAGAACUGAGUCCAUGAGCUUCCUAUACUGAAAGAAUACAAUUUCCCAUGUUCUGCAGCAGCAUAUACCCAUAGGCCCAUUAUCCCAAAGAAAUGCACUGAUCUCUUAUGCCCAAAAUUUCCCCCUGCUCCAUUCUUUGCCCUUCUAUCAUGCUACCCCUCUCCAUCCCCAGGCAGUUGAAACAAUGUGGCCUCUUUGGCCCUUUUGACCAAGCAUAAAGAUUUUCAAAGGAACCCAGUUUUUGUUUUUUAUUUGGGGUUUUGUGUGUGUGUGUGUGUGUGUGUGUGUGUAGCCUGUUUCUUUGUUUGCUGAGUACCACAGUAAGUUUGUUUACCCAGCUGAUAAGAGAGGCUCUGACUGAUGUUGUAACAGGAUCUCUCUCUCUCUCCCCCCCCCCUUCCUCUCCCUCCCUCUCUCAAUAUUGAUAAGCAGUCAUGGGAGAGCAAGGACACUAUUGCCAAGGGCAACAAUGGUUCAAAGAAGUGAUUCUCUUAAAGAUAUGAAUUCCUCUGGUGGCUGAUACACAGCAGAAAUAUGCAUAUGAAUGCAUAUUGCUAAAUAAUUUAGGAUUGAAAAUGUCUUCCCAGUACCAGAGUAAAAUAUCAUAAUGGCAGGAGGUCCUCACAACACUGAAAGGAGGAAUACAUGAGGAAAAUAUUCUGAAGUGACAGGAAACCAGAAACAUGUUUGUGUGGCUUCAGGCAGAACUUCCAAGACCAUAACUCAUUUCCAUUGAACUACUGAAAAAUAAUGUCUGGUUUUUGGUCAGCCAAAAUUCACAUUCUCUCUUGAGGAACAUCACAAUAACUGUCUGAAGAAACUGACAAAUCAGGGGAAAAAUUAAUGCAAAGCAUUUUGUGAUAUGGCUUCUAAAUAAAUAAAGCCUGUUUCUUUCCCUUUUCUUCAAA